AUGACAACAGUAGAAUUCGGUGGUGGACCAACUCUUGAAGCUCGUCAACAAUUCGCUAAUCUUAAAGAUGGCUCAGAAAUUCCAAAAUAUACUGGACAUAUUCAUCAAUUAAGAUUUCGUCAAGGUCAUACAUACGGUGAAGAAACUCAUCGAUUAGCUAAAGAUUUCCCUCAUUUAUUAAAACGUUCAAAAUCAGAUGUCGUUAAAUAUGAUCAAUCUGAUCCAUAUGUAACACGAGAAUUUCCUGAUGGAUUAAUUCCAGGUUAUACAGGCUAUGUUCCUCAACGAAAAUAUCAACAUGGUAAUCGAUAUCGUAUUGAAACUGAUGCAUGUGUAGUCGGAACAAAAAGUGCAUAUGCAAAAGAAAAACAAAAAGCUCAAGAUUUACAACGUGCUAUUAGUGCUUAUCCAAAAACAAAAAAUUUAAAUAGUGGUACAGUUCUUAAACAUUUUCUUGAUUAUCAUCGAGCCUAUCAUCCAACAGAAUGUUCCCAACAGAAUGAUCGUCGACCAUUUGUUGAACCACCGAUGCCUGGUUAUCAUGGUUAUAUUCCUCGUAUGAGUCCAAUAGGAGUUGGCCUUGGUACACGUUAUCACGAAGCAACAAAAAGAUCUUUACAUCGUUUUGCAGUCGAAACAACAAAUUCUAUGACAAAUUUUUCUACAUCCGUUGAUAAUCAACCAUUAUCAACAGAUUAUGAGACUCGAUCGAAUUAUACAACAAGUUUAAUUGAUUUUAAACAAUCACGUCCAACAUCAAGUUCAUCUAAUCGAAUCUAUGCUCAAUCGGGAAUGAUUCCGAGAUAUACGGGUUAUUUACCUCAACGUAAAUAUCGUGUUGGACAAACUUUUGGUGAUACAACACGUGAUUUACCUGUUUGCUCUCAUUCAAGUUCUAAUUAUGGUGAAUUCGUCUGA